CGUUGAAUACAAACCUAGAGAAGCAAGAAAUGGAAAGGAGCAAAUUAAUUUUAAUUUCAGUCGUAGUUACAUUGAUUUGUUGUUUAGGGGUUGUGCAGGGGUUCACAUAUGACGACAAGGAGGUUCAUACGGAGAAGGGGAGGGCGGCUAUGUUUGAAAGAUGGAGGAGCCACCACAAGUUGGAGGAAAUAAGCGUGGAAACGAAAAAGAAGCAGUACAAGACCUUCAAGUCUAGACUGGAACAUGUUCACAAGACAAACAAGGCGAACUUGGGAUUUAAGUUAGAGCUGAACAGGUUUGCAGGGAUGACUCUCGAAGAGAUACAUAGCAAGCUUACCGGAUUUAAAGGUGCCCCACCGAAUCCUUGCCCAAACAACAAUCCUUGCCCGGCAAAAGAUAAUUGUAAUCCCAACAAUCCUUGCCCUUGCCCCGCAAAAGAUAACUGCAAUCCUUGCCAGCCAAACGAUAGCAACAGUUCUUGUCCCCCAAAAGAUACCGAGACCAUUUUCAAGCCAAUAGAUAACACGGGUUGCCCGGGCAGCAGUUGCCCGGCAAAGGACGGUGGUUGCCCGGCGAAGGACGGAGGUUGCCCGGGCGGCAGUUGUCAGGCGAAGGACGGCAUUUGCCCGGGCGGCAGUUGCCCAGCGAAGGACGGCGGUUGUCCGGGCGGCAGUUUCCCGGCAAAGGACGGCGGAUGCGCGGGCGGCAGUUGCCCGGCGAACGACGCCGGAUGCGCGGGCGGCAAUUGCCCGGCGAACGACGGCGGUUGCCCGGGCGGAAGUUGUCCGGCGAAAGACGGCGGUUGCCCGGACGGCAGUUGCCCAGCAAAGGACGGCAGUUGCCCGGCGAAGGACGGAGGUUGCGCGGGCGGCAGUUGCCCGGCGAAGGACGGCGGUUGCCCGGGUGGCAGUUGCCCAGCGAAGGACGGCGGUUGCCCGGGUGGCAGUUGCCCAGCACAGGACGGCGGUUGUCCGGGCGGCAGUUGCCCAGCGAAGGACGGCGGUUGCCCGGGCGGCAGUUGUCCGGCGCAGGACGGCGGUUGCCCGGACGGCAGUUGCCCAGCAAAGGACGGCAGUUGCCCGGCGAAGGACGGCGGUUGCGCGGGCGGCAGUUGCCCGGCGAAGGACGGAGGUUGCUCGGGCGGCAGUUGCCCGGCGAAGGACAGUGGUUGCGCGGGCGGCAGUUGCCCAGCGAAUGACGGUGGUUGCCCGGGUGGCAGUUGCCCAGCACAGGACGGCGGUUGUCCGGGCGGCAGUUGCCCAGCGAAGGACGGCGGUUGCCCGGCAGGCAGUUGCCCGGCGAAGGACGGCGGUUGUCCGGGCGGCAGUUGCCCGGGGAAGGACGGCGGUUGCCCGGCACAGGACGGCGGUUGCCCGGGCGGUAGUUGUCCGGCACAGGACGGCGGUUGUCCAGGAGGCAGUUGUCCGGCAAAGGACGGUGGUUGUCCAGGAGGCAGUUGCCCGGCGAAGGACGGCGGUUGUCCAGGCGGCAGUUGCCCAGCGAAAGACGGUGGUUGCCCAGGCGGCGGUUGCCCCGGUGGUAGUUGCCCGGCGAAGGACGGUGGUUGCCCGGGCGGCAGUUGCCCAGCGAAGGACGGUGGUUGCCCAGGCGGCGGUUGCCCUGGUGGAAGUUGUCCGGCGAAGGACGGCGGUUGCCUGGGCGGCAGUUGCCCAGCGAAGGACGGUGGUUGCCCAGGCGGCGGUUGCCCUGGUGGCAGUUGCCCGGCAAAUGACGGCGGUUGCUCGGGCGGCGGUUGCCCCGCAAAAGAUGGUGGUUGCCCCGCAAAAGACGGCAGAGAGGCUACCGCAAGUAAGGACAACUGGUAUUGGGAUUUCAAGUAUCGUAAUGUCACUGACGUCCCUGCUGAGAUGGACUGGAGAAACCAUAAUGCCGUUACCCGUGUCAAGAAUCAAGGAAUGUGUGGGAGUUGCUAUGCAUUUCCAACAGUGGAUUCCGUUGAAGGAAUACAUGCAAUCGUAAAUGGCGAGCUAAUAGAAUUAUCACCAAAAGAAAUUAUCGACUGUGCUAAUGUGGGCGGAUGUAACGGAGGGUCACCUCAAGAUUCUUUCAAAUACAUCGCCAAUAAUGGAGGUCUAACUACCGAGAAGAACUACCCUUACAAACCUGAAGUUGAGACUUGCAGAUUACAAAAGGCGAAUGAUAUUGCCGUAGAAAUUCAUGGAUAUCAAGACGUUCCUAGGGACGAAACUGAUGAGCAUCUUUUGAAAGCAGUUGCACACCAGCCUGUAGCUGUUGCAACGUCAUGGGGAGAUAAUUUAGCAUUAUAUAAAGAGGGAAUUGUGCAAGGACCAUGCGAAACGACAGUUUUGCAUUCAACGCUAGCAGUUGGAUACGGAACGGCUCCAGAUGGAACCAAGUACUGGAUAUUAAAGAACUCGUGGGGAGAAGAGUGGGGAGAAAAGGGAUACUACAAACUACACCGUGGAAUUCCUGACAAGAAGGGAAUGUGCGGCAUAGCACAAUUCCCUGCUUAUCCUGUCAUUGAAGCCGAUAGUGGAAUACAUGCCUCACCUGGUGCAGUUGUUAAGAGUAUUAAAGAUAAAGUUCUUAAGGCUUUUAAAGAACUCUAAACGUACGUGUACGUAUGCCCAACUUAAUUUCGACGUCACUGAUGCUCCAUUCUAAAUAAUCGGUUGCAGACGCUGAUCCGAUUCAGACAACUAUUAAUUUUGUAUUAUGAAACUAGAACAAACUUUAGAAUAAAAUAGCUUGCAUUAGUCCUCUGUUUUAAGGAAUUAAAAUAUAGACACACACUAGUGGGGGACCAUGCAAUGCAGUGGACCACAAUUAGUUUCCUUGUUGUGACACGUCACACUCCAGAGAACAUGGAAUGUGUGGCGGCGAUUAGUUUGCUUUGGCUCGGUAGUUUUGGGUUAAAAAUAUUGUAGCUUUUUGGGUUACAAAUAAAAACGUGCUAAUGUUUGUGGUUAAAAGUAUAAGU